GUUGAGAAAAUCAGAGCAAAUAGAAUAGAAUCAAAAACUAAUUACCGCUCUUUUAGCAGCCGAAAAGCUAAAACCCUAACCCCCAACUUACUCUAUCUCUGUUAGUCCCACUUCUAUGCUCCGCUUUCCUCUCUGCAUAUGAUCUAACCAACCAGCUCAAAACCCUCAUGUUUCGUAGAAUCUGCUUCCCUCGCUCUCGCUUCCCACUCUUUCCACUCCAAAAAUCUCAAUUCCCCAAAAACUUUCUCUCUUCCCAAGUCUUCCAUAAACCAAAUUCUUGCAAUUUCAUUAAUACUCGCCAUCGAUUUUUUGCCUCCUAUCGCAAAAUGGGGAAUACCAGCAAACCCAAAUCCGCAAUCCCACAACUUGAAAAAGCCAGUAAAACUGAAUUGCUUCGGGCCGUUGAGACCUCUUUAGGCUCCUCAUUUAGCACAGACCCGAUUCGCCCACCUCCAAAUCCCUUACUCAUCGUAAUUAGUGGCCCGAGUGGGGUUGGCAAAGAUGCUGUUAUUAAAAAAUUAAGAGAAGUACGAGAAAAUUUGCAUUUUGUUGUGACUGCAACUAGUAGGCAAAUGAGGCCAGGUGAGGUUGAUGGUAAAGACUAUUACUUUGUAUCAAAAGAGGAGUUUUUAUCAAUGGUAGAGAGAGAUGAGCUGUUAGAGUAUGCACUUGUUUAUGGUGAUUAUAAGGGUAUACCAAAAAAGCAGAUCAAAGAGUUUGCGGGAAAAGGGUAUGAUAUUGUACUGAGGGUAGAUAUACAGGGAGCACGGACGUUGAGAAGGAUAUUGGGGAAUUCUGCUGUUUUUAUAUUUUUGGUUGCGGAGACUGAACUGGAGCUUGUGAAGAGGCUGAUUGAUAGGAAAACUGAGACUGCAGAGAGUUUGCUUGUAAGGAUUGCUACCGCAAGAGAAGAGGUGACGCACGCUGAGAAUUUUGAUUAUAUUGUUGUGAAUGCUGAGGGGAAAUUGGAUAGUGCGGUGAAGCUUGUAGAAUCCAUCAUUGAUGCUGAGAAGGCUAAGGUUCGGCAAAGGAAACCAGUGCUUUAGUUGAGGACUGGUUUUCGUUUUGCUGUUGAGGGAAUGGGAUAACAGCUUUAUUUAUCAAGUUAUUUGUUCAUUGGAACCACCAUCGCAAAUAACAAUACUGGAAAGAAGAGAAAUUACAAGGGAGGGGAGAACUUGAAAUCAUUUUAUUUUAUGAUUUCAGAGUUUGUGCACGGCAACCUGUUUUGAAGUUCAUUCAUCAAAUGCCCCAUUUAUAAGUUUUUUUUUUCCUUCUAACCUGUGACUGAGUAUGGAUAUUGAAGUGAAAAUAAGAAUUCUGCAAUAAACCAUUAUUUAUCAUAUGAGGAGCUUUCAUGUUCAUAUCUUUUGUAGAGGCUGGGGAUUCUUGAAUUAGAGAGCUGCCUCAUGUUGUACAAUUUUCAAAGGAAGUUUUUAUGAUUUAUUAGGUAUCUUUGUUAACAAAAUGAUAUAUCAGGUUCAGGUGUUAGUCUGUUGGAUUUGCUAUAGUUGUUCGUUUCUGGGCAACGUGGCUCCCAAAAAAUUAUAUUGGGCUCUUGAUACUUUAUGUUUUAUUAUUAUUUGUUAGAUUUGAAAACAGCA